UCCUCCCCAGUGUCUGCCACAGAACACUGGCUAUACAUAUGCACUCAGGGCAUCCAGAAGCAGCUGGAGAUAGCCAAAGCAAGUGAGGAUGAUGCACGUAGUCGGAUUUUGACUAUACUUAUAAAGCUAGAACUAGAGUUGUCCCAGAUAAAAUCAGAGGUGUCAGCUAUGGUAAGUGUGAAGAGGAGUUGUGGGAAAAUAGAUGCCAUUCAUGAAAAAGUAGAUGCACAGGUCAAAGAAUCUGUCAAGCUGAUGCUUUUUGGCGAUAGACAAGAAGUGUUUCCCGAACAGGUCUUCCACUGGCUUACAUCCGAUUUUGUGACAAAAGCUGAUCAUCAGACUGAACUGCAGAAAGUGGAGAGUCAGACCCUCAGCGCUAUUCGUGUACACUUGUCUGAAUUAGAAGAAAAACUAACAUCUAAAUUCGGAAUUAAUGCUGUGACCAAUGCAAGGAUCACAGAAGAGCAAGUACAGACUAUUGUAAACAAGGCACUGAAACUCUACUCUGAAGACAGGACUGAUCUGGUGGAUUUUGCCUUGUUAUCUGGAGGUGGCAGCAUUCUGAGUACUCGCUGUACUGAAACCUACAAUGCCAGAAAAGCAGUGGUUAGCCUCUUGGGAAUUCCUCUGUGGCACGUCACUCAGUCUCCCAGAGUGGUGAUUCAGCCCGAUGUGAAUCCAGGAAACUGCUGGGCUUUCAAAGGAUCACAGGGACAUCUUGUGAUCAGACUUUCAAUGAGGAUCUAUCCAACUGGCUUCACAAUGGAACAUAUACCAAAAACACUUUCACCAACAGGGACUAUCACCAGUGCUCCCAGGAAGUUUUUAGUAUAUGUAAGUCUGCCUCUGAACUUCAGUUGAUGUUUGUGUGCAUAAAGAGUAUUUGUGUUAUCUUGUAAAAUAACGACUUGAGGGAAAACAGCUAAGGAGAUACAGUGUUUCAGUCACUGCUCUUCAAAUGGCUUCUACUUUUUAAUGACCUUUGAAAUCAGGAAUAAGAAAUGUUACAACUAAUUUUGGGUGUUUCGUUUCUCUUGCUUUCUCCAGUAGUAAACACUUUUGGAGGGAGAUGAUGGGUUUUAAUUUGGUGUAAUUCUAGCAACUGGUGUUAUUCUUGAGUUGCUUUGGAUUUUGAGACUGGAAACAGAUGCAGUAUCUGAUUCAGCGAGAAUGCCACGGCGUAGUUUACCCUUAGCUGCUGCAGCACUUAAGAAAUCUAAUGCUGCAGGAAACAGUGGCUUUCAUGAGAGCUCUUCUGCUGGAAACAUGUCCUUUAUUGAGCAGCCUUCUAUGUAAGCAAUUUUUAUCACGAUGAGUUGAAUUAUUUUUCGGAGUCCUGAGACUUCCUGUUUAAACACAAUCCUACGCUUACAUACUUAACAUCAGAAUUAUCCUGUUUAAUUAGCAAUUAGGUAGCCAAGGCAGAAAUACUUUUGAAUGACCCUAACUUAAUUAAAAAGAAAAGAUAAAAGAGAUAGGACUCUGUGCAAUACAUUUUUGUAAAUGCUUUUCAAAAGGUCUGUUAUUCUUUGCUGCCUCUAAACUGGCAAGAUGCUACUGAGAUGUUUAAAUAGAGUUUUAAUUUUUGAAAGUGCAUGACUCUUUGGAACAAGCAGGAAAGCUGCUUCGCUCUAGUUUUGAUCACCUGCUGUCAUGGAACCUAUACCCUGAGGUUAAACAGAAUUUACUGUUCAAACUCCAUUAAAGCUCCACCAGCGUUAAAGCCUGGACCCAA